CAGAAACUUCCUGAGGAUUAAAACAUAAAGCAAGAGAAAACUAUCUGGGAGCGAAUUUCUUCUUCUUCUUUUUUUCCCCACUGGUUUUUCAUUCUAAACCCCUUCGUUUUAAAAGGGAAGCAAAGUCAGUGGAUGACAAUAGGCGUUUUUCUAUUGCUUUUGAAGAUCUGGAAGAGGAGCAGGAGCAGCCAGCCAGAACCCGGCACGCCAACCGGUGUCCCGCGGUCGUGGAGAAGGUUUUAUCUUCGGCUCGGGGCAAAGAAGAUCAAGUCAGCUGGAGGAGUGGGAGAGAACGUUCGGCAGCGGAAAAAAGGAGGGGAAAAAAUCCUGCAAAAGACUGUUUUUCAGUUAUUUCCACUCGGCAACUAAAAUAGCAAGCAGAGUGUCUUCACACUUGAUUUGAUUCUUCCUCUUGGGGAUCAAACCCCAGGUUGGAUCAACUGAAGCGCUGCAAACAGCAGAGAGAAUAUUUUUUUGUAUUUCUCACUUGGGCAACCUUGCUGAUAUUAUCCGGUGCGUUCUUUCGUGCUGAUUGUAGGGGAUUCGCUUUAUCCCUACUUUUCUCCCUUAAGAUCACUAUUUAGGGAGGUACCCCCAUUUUUCUCUGAAGUUGACUUUUUAAAAAUAGUUUCCCCCAUGUUUCUUCUCUUGCUGUUCGCCUGUUCUAACGUGGCUUUGUCAGCCACCCAAAGGGGUUCUUUUAGCAGAUAUGAUGAAGAAAUAGUUUAUCCCGAGAAACUGAAUGUCACUUGGUUUUCUGCGGGUCAAGACCCGGCUGGCACGCUUGAGAAUGAGAACUCCCUCGAUUACAGCAUUGACUCAGAGCAACAUCUCUCGUUCCGACUCCAGAUGUUUGGAGAAGAACUGAUCCUCAACUUAGAGAAGGAUCCAAGCUUCUUCGCAGAGGGCUUGACCGUACAAUACUUGGGCAGACUAGGGCAAGUGAUGGACAGUCCGACCGAACGUGGCAACUACUACACUGGGACAAUCAACUCGGAUCCAGAAUCGAUCGUGGCAAUCAAUUUUGACGGAAUCUCUUUGAUAGGGGUGCUGCAAUACUGGGGUACCGAAUACCACAUCCAGCCUGCGAAAGGAGGAACCCCAAACGCGACAGGAGGAGCCGGGGCCCACGUGGUGAGAAGGAAGAUGUUGGACAAAGGGGACGGGCCGAUGUGCGGGGUCGGCGCGCAGGCGCCGGACAGCAUACUGAGUGAAGAAGGAAAGGUUUGGGAGAAGAUGGAUCCAUCCCCCAGGAGAACAAAGCGGUUUGCUUCCAUCCCACGCUACGUGGAAACCCUGGUGGUGGCUGAUGAAGAGAUGAUGCGGUUUCACGGGGCGGGCCUCAAACCAUACCUGCUGACCAUCAUGGCGGCUGCCGCCAAGUUCUUCCGCCACCCGAGCCUCAAGAAUCCCAUCAACUUGGUGGUGACCAGGCUGGUGGUGAUUGGGGAAGCCAAGGACGGGCUGCGGGUCACCUCCAACGCCGCCGAGACCCUGCGCAACUUCUGCACUUGGCAGAAGGGCCUCAACAAAGCCAGCGACAAAGACCCGGAGCAUUUCGACACGGCCAUUCUCUUCACCAGACAGGACCUCUGCGGGCGCUCCAGCUGUGGUACCCUGGGCAUGGCAGAUGUUGGCACAGUCUGUGACCCAGCCCGUAGUUGUUCCAUUGUCGAGGACGACGGGCUCCAGUCGGCCUUCACCGCAGCCCACGAACUGGGUCACGUCUUCAACAUGUUGCAUGAUGAUGACAAACAUUGCAAAGAGCUUAACCGUCACAGCAACUCCCGUCACAUGAUGGCCUCCGUCAUGUCUCCGGUGAAUCCUGAUGAGAUGUGGUCGCCAUGUAGCGGUCGCUUCAUUACCGAUUUCUUGGACAACGGUCAUGGUGCCUGCCUCCUAGACAAGCCACACGAACCUCUGAAACUGCCCGCCGUCUUCCCUGGCAGCAAUUACAACGUGGACCAGCAAUGCCAGCUUAGCUUUGGCACCGAAUCCCGCCACUGUCCCAACAUGCAGCCCCCGUGCUCUUCGCUAUGGUGCACGGGCCAGAUCAACGGGCAAUUCAUGUGCCAGACCAAAUACUUUCCCUGGGCAGACGGAACGCCGUGCGGGGAAGGGAAGAGUUGUAUGAGCGGCGAGUGCAUCAGCCACACGGAGCUGAAGGAGUACAAUAUUCCCACCAACGGAGGUUGGGGGCGCUGGGGCCCCUGGGGAGACUGUUCCCGCAGUUGUGGGGGCGGCAUUCAGUACUCGACCCGGGAAUGCAACAAGCCGGUGCCCCGAAACGGUGGCAAAUACUGCGAAGGGAAGCGGACCCAAUUCCGCUCUUGCAACGUCCAGGACUGCCCUGACGGAAACGCUCUGACCUUCCGGGAGCAACAGUGUGCCGUGUACAACCACCGAACAGACAUGUUCAAAGACUACCCCUCGCCCAUGGACUGGGUGCCUCGUUACAGCGGUGUGGCCAAGCGUGAUCAAUGCAAGCUGACUUGCCAGUCCCAUGCUUUAGGCUACUAUUACGUGCUGGAACCAAGGGUGGCCGAUGGGACACCUUGCUCGCCAGAAACUACCUCAGUCUGCGUCCAGGGACGCUGCGUCCAUGCCGGCUGCGACCGCGUCAUUGGGUCCAAGAAGAAGUUUGACAAAUGCAUGGUGUGUGGCGGAGACAACUCGAGAUGCACAAAGAUUUAUCGCUCCUUCACCAAGCCCCACUACGGGUACAACGAUGUGGUCACCAUCCCCGCGGGAGCCACCAGCAUCUUGAUUCGCCAGAGCAGCAACUUGGGGGCAGCCAGCGAUGGCAUCUACUUAGCCCUGCGCCGGCAGGACGGCUCCUACGCCCUCAACGGCAACUACAUCCUGACCCCCUCCGAGCAGGACAUCCACCUGCGGGACGGCGUCACCUUGCGCUACAGCGGGGCAACCAAAGCCAUGGAGUUAAUCACCGGCCACGGGCCCCUGAAGGAGCCGCUCACCUUGCAAGCCUUGGUGGUGACCGAUCAGAAGGUGCCCCGCCUGAAGUACACCUUCUUUCUCCCCAAGCCCCCAAAGAGACUCUCCAACCAGUGGCUGAAGCAGAAAGCCCGGAUCCUAGAAGUGCUGCAGAAUCGAAGAGGACGCAAAUAGAGCAGUUUCGCGGGAGGGCACUGGGCAGGGGUCUCAAAACAGUCUUGCCCCCUCCCCACCACGGGGGAAGCCAGAAGCUGAGGGGCAGAGGUCCCGCUGCCUGCUUUUUGCAAAGAGGACCAUGUGGCAAAGGACCCGGGACUGAAACAACCCUUAUAAGCAGCAGUGAUAUUGCCUGGCAGAGGCUGGCAUUUGGGGCCCCUUCGUUUCUCAGCUCGCCGCAGACAAUUUCCCAGACUGUUUAGCUCUGCUUGGAGGCAAAUCUGGGAUUGGGGGGGGGAGAGGCAAGGCACAGCAAAGCAGCAGCCAGGAGUCCCCCAGGUCAGAGAAGGAGCUAAACCUGGCGCUGAAUUGAACUGAUUCCCUCCUGGCAAGGGGGGGGGAUGUGAAAAGCCGGAAGAGAAAAACCUUCAGAAGCCGAGGAGCCCAAAAAGAGGAAGAAAAGGCCUCCAGUACGUGGUAUAGUAGAAGCAUUCAGAAGCAAAGCGCGGAGAAGCAGAAAAAGCAGAUGCUGAACCUGCAAGAGCCAGACCCGAGUCAACCCGAGCCCUGCCACGGGUUGAUUUUUCAUUGCGGCUGGACCCUCGGUGGUUCGUGCCCGGCCGCUCCUGUACUAUAUUUAUUGUUGCUUUUAUUUAUUUGUCAUUCUGGGGAAGCAGAGAUGAGUUGGGGAAGGGGGGAGGCGAUCUUUUAAAAAGACCAGCCGCACACACUUUGAGAAUCAAGCGGGCAGCAGCACGGUGCCCUCGCCCUCACCUGACGUUUGGCUGUUCCAGCAAACUGCGCCUGGAUCAACUGUGUCUACCUCAUCCUUCGAGUGCUUCCUCCUUCGCUAACCUCUUCUCCCGCUUCCAAGUGCGUUACUCACACUCUCUGUUGCUGCUUGGCACCCCGCCACCCAAAGUGGCGGUGUGGCUAAACCUCUCCAGGUCUGGCCUGCAACUCACUUCUCCUUGGCACCGGAGCAACGGCGGGCCUGGGGUAAGGCAAGCCACCCCAAACAGGCGGGCUGACUGCCUCUCCCCUAAGGUGCCAGCCUUCCACCCCAUCCCUUUGUAGGACAAGGGCGUCAAUCACGCCGCUAAUGCAGGCCCGCCAUGCCCACAGGGGCUGGCUAUGGGGAGACCCCUUCUGCCUUUGAUCCAAGAUUGGGUGGCCCCCGAAUUGCAGGGGAGGGAGGCGACGGGAGCCCACGGGGGAGGAAGACCUGUAUUGAGAGAGCAGCUUUGCAUGCAAAUGCCCUUAUGCUCAUGUUAAAAUAGAGGAGGGGGGGCAAUGCAUGGAGCUGGGGGAGGACACUACCAGACUGUACUGAGUGGAGACUAGUGGUUAGAGCAGUGGGGGGACGAGGAGCCACCAACUGCCAGUGUUUAGCCAAGGGAGCUGGGAGUUUUGGCAUCGACAUCUCUGUCCCCCACCUGGGGAACUAAAGGAAUUCUAAGGGGUCCGGUUGAGAGGCUACUAACAGGCGGCUGGGGUUGCUUGCACACACCGCUCCUAGCACUUGGACCGCUUUCUGUGUCCCUGAGUGUCACCUACUCGCCACCCCAUCCCCCAGGCCUGAAGCACCAGCCUGAACCACCUUCGAGGACUGCCCGAUGCUUUUAAGAUCGAGAGAGAUUUCUUCUCCCCACGGGGGGCAGGGGGGAGUAACAGAGCAGGAAAACUGAAAGAGGAAGGGGGCCAGACUUCCAACCACAGGUUUCCAACUCCCUCUUUUGCUAACCGCUCUUCAGCCUCGCUUGAUCUUCUCACGGUGUCCCUUUCCCAGAAGGAAUAUCCCCAAAAUUUCCCCCUGGAGGGGUGGAUCUAUUUAAAGCCUCUGUAGAACCAGAGGAGAACCCCUUCAAUGCAACCCCACUUUACCCCACCGUUCCUCCGCCGGCCACAGGGAUUGCCGACUGAAGUUAAUUUAAUUAAGUUAUAAUUUAACAGGCAGCAGCCGAAGUCUCUUGGACCCCGAGGCGAGUCCUCUGGGCCAGGAGGCAGGACUUGUGUAUCCAUUUUGUUUAUAAGCACUAUGUUAAUAUUAUUAUUGUCUAUUAAUGGUUUCGUUUUCUAAAAGCAAUAAAACGGUGCCGGUUUUAUUUAUUUAACGCUAUUUAUAAACUCA